UUGAACAUAGGACACAACUAGGCUUUGUAUUGUGAAUGUAUGGGAGAGUGAGAAACACAGAGGAUAAUUUCCAGGGGUGCUCCAUGUCAAGUCCUGGUGUACAUUUGACUUCCAGGUUCACCCAGGUUGUCAUCCCUUGGUUUUUACAAAUGCAUGCUGUUACCCCAUUGAGACUAUUCUGUAUAAUCUGCCUCAUUGCAUCUUGCAAAGAAUAUUGGAGAGCUAGACCGUUCUAUUCAGCAAGCCUUUGGGAACAGAUGGUUAAGAAGAGAAGGGGUUUUAUAGUGGUGUUCUGUAUCAAAGCUCAGGCCAUGACUAGAGAUUCAGACACUGCAAUGAAGACGAAUCUGCAGACCUCAUCUGGCUCACAAAGCAAGACAGAGGACUUGAAUGAUGCCAAGAGGCCAAAGCUCCAAGGGAUGUCCCAGAGCAACCCAAAGGACACAGCAGAAGGAUUCAAAAAUGACUUGGGGAUACACGACAAGAACAUAAACAACAAGCUGCCCAAUUUUCUUCUUUCACAGCCCAAAGACAGUGAGGCCAAAGCUGAGCACAAAGAGAACCCAUGGCAAGGCCCUGUCCACAUUGAUGAGGAGAAAGAGGAAGAAGAGGAAGAUUGGGAUCCCAAAGACAGUGAGGCCAAAGCUAGCAACAAAGAGAACCCAUGGAAGGGAACCGUCUAUGUUACAGCUGAUAGUGAGCCCAUCAUAAUCUCAGAUGAAGAGGAAAAGGAAGAAGAGGUGGAAGACUGGGAUGUGGAGAAAUACAACAUAGAAAAGAUGCAGAAGUUCAAGGACAGUGGCAUGUUCAACCAUGUCUGGCGUUGGGUACUGCAGCAUCAAUGUUACCAGCACCACUAUGGAGACAGCCAGCCACACGAGGAGCCUCAUUCCAGCUGGGUCAACAAUGAGCUGAACGACUCAUCUCACAAGCAGCAAUACGAACUGGACAACAGUGGCUACUAUGACAAGUCAACCCUUAACUUCUCCCUUGGGGCCUCAUCUAAGAUUCCCAAUUUUAUUAUUCAACAGAGUGAGGUCAAAACUGGAGACAAAGGGAAUCCAUGGCAGGGCCCUGUCCACAUUGCAGCCGUGAGUGAGCCCAUCAUCAUCUCAGAUGAGGAAGAAGAGAAAGAAGAGGAGAAAGAUGUGGAGAAGCCCAAAGACAGCGAGGCCAAAGGUGGAGACAAAGGGAACCUACGGCAGGGCCCUGUCCAGGUUACAGCUGGCAAUGAGCCCAUAAUCAUCUCAGAUGAUGAGAAGGAGGAAGAAGAGGAAGAAGAUACAGUCAACAUUUUCACCGGAGCCCAGCAUUGGAUGCAGGUUCAGGAGGAUUCCCAACCCUGGUCCAUGCAGCCCAACUGUGUAGACCCCCAGGCAACCGGGGAGCCUCGCUGCACUUGGUACACCGAGGAAUCCAGACGGAGACGAUCAGGUGAAUCAGGUGAAUGCGCAUCUGAGAAUGAUCACCAGCACACUGAAACUGAACACACUGAACACUUAAACCAAGAUUCCUGCAAACAUUUUGUGCAACUUGGAAAGACAGCUACUGAGGACACGAAUGGAGCAGAAUGCAAGAUGGCUUUGGGUGCUGCUAGAGAAAGACAGGCUAUCGCAGAUAGGGAGGUGAACAACAAACAGACUUGAAAAAUCCCAACCUAGGCUUCAAAGACUUUUGCCUAUAGGACUUUUUGGUUCAUGAUGCCGCCUCAAAAGAAAUAGAACAAAGAAAGAGGUGGGAACACUUGCCUUCCCACUCGUGAUUCCCAAUAUCCAUUGUUUUCCUUCCAACAUUUUUCUCUCAUCCUCUUUAUUCCACUUUCUAAGGGACACCAAGGAUAGGAAUGGGAUUAGAUGGAAUCCCUCAGGAAUUUUAAGACUUUUCUGGACAUGCCCCAAAGACACACACACAACCUUUCUGCCCCCCUCUUUAUUCUUUCACAAAGCGAUGAAAGACCAUCAUGUCUGGAUCAGACAUUUUUGCACAGGGGAGAAAGAAAUGCCCCUCAAGGAUCGGAGUGGAGCUUGUUGGCAUCUGAAACAGUCCUGUCCUGACUUCUUACCUAGUCUUUGAAGGCAUCACAAGAUGGCUGCCCUUAUGCUUCAUAUUGGGUUCAAGAAAGCCCUUGUUUGCCACCUCAGAGGACAAUACAAGCAGCAGAUGGCUAUUCAUCACAUCUUAUGUGCUAAAGCAUCAAACAUGUUUGUGGACAUGUUGUGCGCUCUGAGCAGCAGCUACUGACUCCAUGAAAAGUGGAAAAGCAGGAACUUUGAUGGUUCCUGCUGAGUCCGAAAUCUCCUGUUUGGGGUUCAAGUCACUGAUGUUGUUGACGUACGAAGAGGAAGGGAUCCAGGCUGUUUUGGAGUGUUUUGUCACAACCAGCAGUGUAUUAAUACUCAAAGGUUAGCUUUGGAGGAGCACCCCUAAAUUUGCUGCCAUCACACCGCAGUUUGCAGGCAUUUGCAUGCAGUUUACCAGUACAAGGGGGGGGGGGUCACUUUACCCCAAAUCCAACAGUCUCUGCCCGCCAUGUUUUAUGCUGGGUGGGCACGAUAGGGACUCUUUCACAGGGAGAUGCCUGGUCACUUCCAAAAGCAUUAAAUGGAGGAUGGACCUGCAUAGUGAAGGAGUGCAAAAUCCAGUAUUUUUGUCCUUGGCUUUUGGAAAGAUUUCGGGUGUAUGUGUGUAAACCUCAUCCCAAAUGGAGGAGAUGCACUUCUAGGUCAUCAAUAUGCAAAGGGAUCUUUUGUGAAAGAAUUUGUAGCCUAAGCUUUCAUAGACUUGGUUGGCUUCCUAAAAUGCAUAGUAUGAAGUGGUGUAGCAUGUUUCAAAAUGAUUGGGUAACUUAGCGCUGCCCAUUCACCCUACCCCUAGAUAAUAGUGCUAUAUUCCACAACAGCCUAUGGUAUCCUAAGAUUUGCAGUUUAGGGAGGGUUUAACAGUUUUAUGGCUCAGUUUUUUAAAUGUUGGUUAAACUGCCAGUCCCAAGAUUCCAUGAGAUGCUGCUGUUUGGUGGAAAUCUCUGAUAGCUCUUGCCACCUUUUUGUUUCAAUCCCAGAGUUUUAUUAAGGCCUAUAAGAAGUUUGGAGUCCCCUUAGAGCGGUAAAUGCCUUUGGAUUUUUUCAGAGAUGCUGGGAAUCUGGUUUCUUUAGCAACUGCUGUUGAUGCUAUUGAACCUACUGUAGUGAUUGUCACCUUUAUUUCUAUUGAAAACCACCACCACCACUCCCCAGAAAAUAAGCAGGACUCAGCAGUUUACAAAUGGUGGGUGGGAGGAAAACCCAAUA